AAGCAUACAGCAUCUCCGAUAUGGGUCAUUUGCAAGUGACCGGAGUGAUUGAAUAAGUGGACUGACUGGAUACAAUUAGUUGGUCAUCUCAGCGGACUGUACAUGUUUAUCGCCAAUUAAUUUAUUUGUAUGAUUAAGAUUCGUUUUGAAUAUAAAUUGAAACACUAUAAACACUGAGCAGAAAUACACAUUAAAAAAAAAUUAAAAUUGAAUUUUUCGAUGACACAAUUUUUCCUUCAUGGACUUAUAUCUUCAUUAUAACAUUAAUACUCAGUUGUUUUUUUCCGUUUAGUUACCUUGAUAAGAACAAGAGACAUGUGGAAUUCGCUGAUAUAUUUAGGCGCCAUUGUCCUGGCGAGGUUUACUGUUUGCGCAAUUCAGGACCAAGGGAUGAUGUCUGUAAAUGACGAUGUAAAUAACAAUGUUUUGCUAAAUGAAUAUAGGGAUAUAAUCAGACAAUAUGACGACACUAAAAAACCAACUGUGUAUCACUUUGCAACGCACGCCCUCUGCAAACAUCCAACUGGGAAAAUACAGUUUUUUAAAGCGCUUGAACACCAUUUAACCGACGUUCCGGACAGGCUGAAGAUCCAGUUUAUUCUUGAUCUCUGUGAUAAACGCGAUGGCACACUUGAUGAAUGGGUGAAGGAAAUAUUCGACACAGACGGUGAUGGAUACAUCUCCAAAGAUGAAAGGCGAAAUCUGUGAUCAUCAGUCUCACAUUGUGCAAAUUAAUAGUGGAGUCAAUGUGAACAUCCACAUCCUUGAGAUAUGUCGCUUAACAGACAAACGACUGGAUAGACAAUAAUGACCUCACACAGGCUUUAAGCCACAGUCUUUAAAUAUACUACAAGGGUUUCGUUGAAAUCGUUUUAAUGGAUAUC